AUAGCGAAAAGAAAGAUCUUCGAAAUCGAUUUUGAACCGAGUAUAUUGCAAUCGACUAUUCUGAAUCAUGCCUGGCACACGAUACAAGCUCAACACCGGAGCCGAAAUUCCAGCCCUCGGAUUCGGUACAUGGCAGGAUGCUGAUGCACAGGUCGAUGCCGUGAAGGAGGCCAUCAAGGCGGGAUAUCGGCACAUCGACACCGCCAAAGUCUACGGUACCGAAGAACCCGUAGGAAGGGCCAUUAAGGAGAGUGGCAUCCCCAGAAACGAAUUGUUCGUUACCACCAAGCUCUGGAACCACGAGCAUCACCCAAAUGAUGUUCCAAAGGCCCUUGAUGGCUCACUCAAGGACCUGAAGAUGGACUACGUUGAUCUGUUCUUGAUUCACUGGCCCGUAGCUUGGAAGCCUGGCAACGAUCUAUUUCCAAAGGAGAAUGGCAAGCCAGCUGUGGCGGACAUAGAUUUUGUUGACACCUAUAAAGCAAUGGAAAAUCUCCUCCAAACCGGCAAAGUAAAAGCAAUCGGCGUCUCAAACUUCUCCAAGGCCCAAAUGGAGCAUCUACUCAAGAACACCUCCGUGGUCCCCGCCGUGCAUCAACUCGAGUGUCAUCCAUGGUUGCAGCAGACCGAGUUUGUGAACUGGCAUCGGGAGAAGGGUAUCCAUAUCACUCAUUAUUCUCCAUUUGGUAACCAGAAUGAGAUCUAUUCUGGUCCCAAGCAUUUGGGUAAACUGAUUGAGAGUCCGGAACUUAAUGAGAUUGGAAAGAAGUAUGGAAAGACGGGUGCUCAGGUUGCUCUAGCUUGGGGCAUUACUCAAGGCCAUUCGGUCCUACCAAAGUCCAAGACUCCAAAGCGUAUUCAGGAUAACUUGCAGGGUGACUUUAAGCUCAGCGAUGAGGAUAUGAAGAAGAUUAAGAGCAUCGAUAAGAAGUUGCGGUUCAACGAUAGCAGUGCUGACUUUGGCAUGGAAUUCUUCGGUGACCUGGAUGGCAAGAAUUCUGUUUAAAGUCUGGCAAACUACCUGUAGCUAUGCGGUAUAGGCGUAAAAAUGAAUGGCGAAUAGAUAGCUACGAAUUGAUGAGUGGAUUUCAUGAGUGAUUAUGAGACUUCUAUAUACAUGCAUGUCGUCACACUCGGAUAGUUCUGCGUAUGGAGUUUGGUGGUCGCUUAUGGACUUUGGACCAUCCCUUGCCACCUUCAUAUGCGUUCCUGAAACCGGCCCUGCUUCUGAAUCAACAGGCCGGCGUCAAAGCUGCAUGAACUGCCUCUCAGCAGACGUUAGUACUGGAGUUGUUCUUCUGGAACCAAUCCAUUUGGUAAGACUCCACACGCGGAACGAAGCCUUGUUCCAUAGACUUGAGACGAUAAAUGUGAGAUGGCUUGUGGUUCUCGGGGCAGCGAACGUUGUUCAUUGCCGAGCAUGCUCAUACUCGAAAUCGGAAAAUAGCAUGAAGACACAGGUUUGUAUCAACGCCAUCCACCAACUCUACCUUCAUCCCACCGUGCUCUAGCCUCCUUCCUAGACUCCAGCUUAGCACCCUCAGUCCUAAUCCGUCUCACCCAAUCCGUAACUUCCUUAUCCGAAGCACGGCUCAUGUGAUGAUCGCUCUCAAGAAAACUUUCUUCAACCGCAUGACAAAUCGCCUCCUGUUCCGCAACGGCAGCAGUGAGACGUUGAUACAACGCUUUCGGGGACCAAGGUUCCAGCGCAGCAUCCAUUUCGGUUUGUUUCUUUCGCCAUGAUACUUCGAGGGAUUGAUGGUUGAGGAGGAGAGAUUCGGUGGUUGCGCGGAGGCUUGCGACUCGCGACUCGAGUUCUAGGACGUGCUGGGCGAGUGCUUUGUUGGAGUCUAGAUGCGACUGGAGGACUUGCUGGGAAGCUGGGUAGGAGGGGUGUAAGGUUGAUAGCGCAGAGAGAAGGGCUGGGUUGGAGAGGACUGAUUGUAG